CUUUCCAAAAUCAAACCAGAGACGGAAACCCCCGAUCAUGCCGCCGCCGGCCAAGCCCUACUGCUUCGGCACCGCGGGCUUGUCCACGGACGAGAUCGCCAAGAUCGACCCCGACUACCUCUUCUUCCUCAGCCACGUCCGCCUCGACGGCGUCACCUACACGGUCGAGAUCCCGUCCAAGGAUGGCGCCUCCCCUCCCCAAGUCAUCAAGUACGAGGAAACCCUCGAGGGGCCCAAUGCCGAGCCCCCCGCCACCGCCGGCCGUGAAGGCGGGGUUCAAGGCUCACCGUCCCCCAUGGAGGAGGACUCAUCGGCGGCGGGUGAGGUCCCGUCCGGCGGCGCCUCCCCUCCCGCUUCCGUCAAGACCCGCGCCGCCAGCCACGUCGGCGAGGUCCCCGUGGAAGAGGACGACUUGGCGGCGCCCGCGGCGGAACCCGCGUGGUACGACUCCGAGCCCCACAUGGACGAGGACUACCGCCACUGCCUCCAGCACGUUCGCGUGGUGAAUGAUGCCCGAAUGGUGUACGAGAUGGGGGACUUUUCGAUGACUAUAGGGGAAGAAAGAGAGGCUGAGGCUGAGGCUGAGGAAGAGGAGGAUGCUGAUGCUGCUAUUGAUGAUAAUGAGGAGGAGGGUGAGGUGGAGGCGGAGGAGGCAGAUGAGGCCAUUCCAGCGUCAAAGGAGGACGAUGUUGGGACGGAGAAGAAUGAGGAUAGCGAUGAGAACGAGGAGGGUGUUGCAUCCGAUUUCAAGGAAUUACAAGGCGCUAUAUGGCCCACACAUAUUGUUGAGAGGCCAGAGUCAGACUUCAAACAGAAGUUGAUGGAGGUUCUUAAGAAACCAUUUAACCAGGAAGAACAUGAUGAGCUGUUUGGCAUGGCUACUAAUCGCACUCCAGUUAAAAAGGAACGAAGGACCCGUCAUCGUGUGGUUAACUACGCCUGCACAUAUGAGAUGGGCAAGUCAUACUUUGACUGUUACCCAGAUCUUGCCGACCAAGUUGAAGGUGAAGGCAAUAGCUAUCCCAAUCGCUUGGCUCUUUUGCGUGGGCUUUUCUUCUGGUUGAAGAAUAUUGGGCAUGAAGACCAAUUCAGACCAUGGAGAGAUGAUUACAAAAAGUACCGAGUUUUUUAUGAAAACUAAUUACCCAUACUAGUGGCUACUCGCUCCAGUCCAAAAAGAGUUGUUCCUUGAUUAGGCAUGGUA